AUGAAGAUGCUGUCGCCCGGCUUUCCGAUGCGGCGGUCGUCCGGCCUUGUGCGGUACGGCGUCUUGGCGGCCAUUCUGCUGCUGGCCUUGUACACCUUCAGCCACAGCUCAUCAGACAUCUCCCGCAUACCGCAACCUUUACCAAUAGGCCAGGCCGCGCCAGGCAAACCAUUGCAACCCCCCAAUUCAAAUCCCGCCGGCAACGAGGCUCCUGUCGUCCCAGGAGGCGCAAAGGCACCCAUCGCGACGGCGCCAGCGUCCCAGGGAACCGCCAAGCCAGACUCUGCUAACCAGGAGCCCAUCCACAAAUCUCUUCCUCCGCUCGGCCCUCCGCCCACCGCCGGCGGCCACCCCAUUGACAAGCUCGUAUACGAUGCCCAGAUGACGUUUGCCGAGCUGACUUCGAAGGAAUCCAAGACGGUGGAAGAGGCUGCCCAGGCCUAUCGCAAGCGCCGUGGCCGCCACCCUCCCCCCGGCUUCGACAAGUGGUUCGAGUUUGCUCGCUCCAAGAAUGCGGUCAUUGUUGAGGAUUUCUUCGACCGCAUCUACCAGGACCUCCAGCCCUUCUGGGGUCUUGACCCGGCUGUCAUCCGCAAAGAGGCGUGGGAUUUUGAAAUGACAAUCAACAUCCGUGACGGCAACGCCACUGCGCGAAGCGACUUCUUCUGGACCAAGAUUUGGCUCAAAAUGAUUAAGACAAUCGACCACUUGCUGCCAGAUAUGGACAUUGCACUCAACGCCAUGGACGAGCCCAGGCUGGUUGUUCCGUGGGAGGACAUGGCCGGUUACAUGAAGAACGCAUCCAAGACGAUCAAGAUGCCCAAGUCCAAGAACGUCAUCAGCGAGUUUCAAAAGCUGCCUCGCCCAGGUACCGGCGACGUCGAAGUCAAAACGCGCGCCAAGAACUGGGAAAAAACAAAGCCUUACUGGGCCAUUGCUCGACGCGGCUGCCCCCCUGACAGCCUGGCUCGAGUGGAAGAUCUCAUCAAAACCGCAGAUAAAACGCCCGCCAUUAACUCGUCAUAUGCCGAACCCCACAUGUACAAGGGCUUCGUCUCCAACUUUUCAAUGUCCACCGAAAUUUGCCAUCAGCCGGACCUGCAAGCCUUGGAGGGUAUCUUUAUCGAGCCGAUCUCUACUUCUGCCUCCAAGGUCUUGUUCCCCAUGUUUGGUGGCUCUAAAUUGGGAGUCAACAACGAGAUUUUACUACCUGCACCCAUGUAUUGGAACGAGGAGGAGCGCUUCACUGGUGGAGACAACCACGGCGUUUCCUGGGAGGACAAGGAGAACAAGGCCAUCUGGCGCGGUGUCGCGACCGGAGGUCAGAAUACCGUACACAAUUGGCGAGGGUUCCAGCGCCAUAGAUUUGUCGCCAUGAACAAUGGCACCACAGUUUCGCGAGUGGAGCAUGGAGAAAAGGCAGAUAACUUUGCAUUGCCGGGCGAGGAAUACAACCUACAGGCACAGAAAGAUGGCAAGCUGGGCGAGUGGAUCGAUCAAUGGGCCAACAUCAGCUUCACGGACCUCAGCUGCACGCCCCCGCAAAACGGAAAGUGCAACUACACGAGCCACUAUUUCAAGCCAACUAAAGGAAUGAAGAUGGCGGAACAAUUCGAUUCCAAGUACAUCCCAGACAUUGAUGGAAACUCUUUCUCUGGCCGUUACCUUGGCUUCCUGCGAUCCACCUCCCUCCCUAUCAAGGCUACUGUCUGGCAUGAGUGGCACGAUAGCCGCCUGGUUGCAUGGAAGCACUUUGUUCCCAUGGACAGCCGCUUCAUCGAUUACUACGGCAUCAUGGAGUACUUCCUCGGGUACGGGGGACGCAACAGCCACGACCACGUGGCAGAGAAGAUAGCCACCGAGGGCAAGGAGUGGGCCGAUCUGGUGCUGCGCAAAGAAGACAUGCAGAUCUAUGUGUUGCGGCUGCUGUAUGAAUAUGCUCGAUUGCUCGACGAUAAGAGAGAUAGUCUGGGAUGGGUGGACGAUGUCCUGAAGAACCCGUCACUGGAGAAGACAUGGAACUGGUGGUGGUAA